AUGGCCUGCCUGCCUCGCGCCACACGCCCACACGCCACCAUUCUGCUGUCCUCGCUUCCUUCUCCACGAAGCCAACCGAGCCCACAGCCUUCGGUCUCACUGUGCGGCAGUGCACGACACAAGCGUCCAUGCCGGUUAGCUUUUUGUCAAUCAAUCGCAAAAUUUUGUCAUGCUAUGUGCAUUGUUGACCAGGACCCAACUGCAUUAGAGGGCAUGAAGGAGAAAUAUUGGCCAGUUUACCAGUGCUUAUACUUUGAAGUGAGGUGCAUACCAAAACAGAGUGAACCAAACUGGCAGGGAAAUCUUGUUCACAGCAACAGCAUAGCUUCCCUAUUCCGCUACCUUCUAGUUUGGCUGAGAAUUUAUAUGGGUAACAAUGAAACCUGCAAGAAAUCACAUGAAAGUGAGAAACUUGAUAUAGGCAGGAGAGAAGAAGAAGAUAAAGCAUCAUACAGCCCUGAACUAGAAGAAGGUGAGUUUAGGAAGGAUGAGCCAUUUGGAUUAGAAAACCUUAUCCACAAGGGUAUGGUUGUAAGUGUUCAAAAGUUGUGUUCAUCCACCAAGGGGAGGGUCAGUACAUGGCAAUCAACUUCACCUGAAAGAGGUUCCCAUCAAGGAGACACUUCAAUGAAGAGUCAACUUGUUAAUGUGAUUCAAUCAACUUGUCAUAGAAUAUAUUCUGAGAAACACAGCCAGAGCUAUUCUCCAUCUUCCCCUAUUAGGUCAAAAGAAAGGCAUGAGAAACGGAUGAGCAACUGCUUUAGUUACCAUGAUUAUCAUCAAGUACUGAAAAAGAUCGAGAAAGUUUGUUCAGAAAGGCUUGAUAACCAAUUGUUACAUCAGAGUAAAGACCGCAAGGAAUUCAAUACUUUAAUAAAGGAAGAGGAGUGGAAAUUCUUCAAAAAACAUGCUUGCUCUUAUAGAGUUCACUAUGAGCGUGUCAUACCAACAACAAGCUAUCACAGGAUGAAGCUACCAAAGCUAUUUUUCAGCAUUUUGCUUAAGGUUUUCCGUAAAUAUAUGCGGUCUCAGCUUAUAAAAUUUGUGAGAAGACAAAUAAAUGAUAGGAACAAAGAGAAGAGAAUAAGAGAACGCUGGAUAUUUGAGGCUACAGCUGGCUACCUUAAGAAAACGUUUGAUGGAACUUCCAUGACAUGUUCUGGAUUCGAGAUGAAGAAAUCAGAGUGUCAUGUGCAUGCUUAUUCUGAAGACGAACAAGAGCUCAAAUUUUUGGACAUGCAAUCUCUAACUACUGAAAUUGAAGCAAUUGCUUCUAGUAAAGAACUUGAAGAAACCGGUACAGAUAAGGACAGUGAUAUUUUUCAGCCAGAGCCAAUUAUAGAAAACUUACAAUCACCAAUAGAGACAAAUGGAGGUGCAGAGGAUGGUUUAUCUGUUGAUGCAACUGAAGCCUUAGUAGAUAGUAUGUCUUCACAUUCCAAUAAUGCACCCACUGAGUUCAGUGAAAAAGUUGGGAUGCAAAUUGCUGUCUCCUCACCACCACAAAAUGAGGGGGGAAAUGUGGAGAGAUCCUGUUCUCUGUUUGUCACUGAUAAAACAUUGGUACUUUCUAAGGCAGUGGCAGCUGAUUUAGGAAAUGAGCCUCCACUUAGAAAGAAGCAAAGGUGCAUGAAUCCUGACGAUGAUGCAUUAGAAGGCUCUUGUUCUGGGUCCCAGAGAAAUUUGCCACAUGAGUCUGACUCUAAUAUUCAUGAAACAGCAUUGCACGAUGAGGAGGAACCUCAAGCUGAAAGGCUGCCUUCAGCUAAUGUGAAUCAAAUGGAACAGGCUGAUGUUGCAGCUAAUAAGGAAGUAUCUAAUGGUGCAAUAUCUUCCUUUGGCCAAGUCACUGAACAGCAUAACAUCACUGCAACUUCAGCAACAUUAGUCCAACCGUCAACACAACUGCAACUUUAUGAUCUAACUUGUCAAAAUGUUGCUCAUCCGUGUCAAGAAUCUGGUGUGAAUACUUGUUCAGUAAGCACUGGAUUAGACAACCAUGGGACAUUAAAUAUUCAGCAGCAAUCAGCCAACCAGACAAGCUCCAUGGUUGAGCAUAUGCCUGAAAAUGGACUCCAGUCAGAUCCAGUUACCAAUGGGUGUAGACAAUUGCUUAUGUCUAGUAAUCACACCUCUCCACCUGUUCGAGUUACCGAGCAGCAAAUUGCCACCUCUCCACCUGUCCAAGUUACCGAGCAGCAAAAUGCCUCUAAUUCAUCCUUAUUAACUCCACAUGUAAGACAACAAUAUGGUCCCCAGACUUGUCAAACUGUUGCUCAUCAGGAUCAACCAGUUGGCAGGAAUAGUUUUCCAGCACAAGCUUGGUUAGACAGCCCUAGAUCAUCAAAUGUUCAGCAGCAGUCAAACAACCAGACAACAACAGGCUCCACUUCUGGACAAUAUAUGCUUGAAAGUGGUACUCAAUCAGAUCCAUUAGCAAUUGAAAUGAGUCGGCUGCUUCUGAUGCAUGAUCUGAUGACCAAGAAACAUAUAUCUAAGAGGCAAAAAAUUAUCUUGGAGUGUGAAAAGGAGCUGGCUGAAUGCAAAAGGAAGUUUGACGAGAAGUUCCAUAAUUUAGAGAUGGAAACACUGCAGAAAAAGGAGGAUAUUGCGAUCCUCGAGGACAAAAUAUCUAAGCAACAGAUGUUAGGGAAGACAUUCCAGGUUCUACACAAGGCCUCUGCUGGAGUUGCUUCGGGCAGUCAGAGAGGUGCUCCCAGGAGAACUACGACAGAGGCAAAUCAACAAUCAUGGCAGCAUGGUUUGCGGUUUCCUGCAUCAGCAACCAUGUACGAGUCACCACAACCUGCUGCGCAACCAUCCACAAACAACUUCCUUAGACAGCCUUUUAUGACCACCCCACAGGCUGUAACUAACACUUUGGGCGGAUCCGCCACUAACUUAACGCAUGCUCCAAGUGGUGUCAUGGGCACUGGAAUUCCAUACCAAACGCAUGCUCCAAGUGGUGUCAUGGGCACUGGAAUUCCAUACCAUGCACUUCCGCUUCCGCUGGAUCUCCAAGCCUUUGUAAAUCAGAUGCCACCUUCCCGUGCUGCUGGUGCAAGAUACAAUAGGCAGCUGCAGCUAUGA